GCGACGUGUUCAUUUCGCAACUGGUUUUCAUUCGGUCUUAGUUCACUUGCGGCACAAAGUUCCGCCGUCCCUGAGCUUUUGCUUUUCUUGACGUAAAUGCGUUGAUGACGUCGACCCUCCUGCAAUAAGUUGUGGCGGAUGUGGCGCAGGCGUACACAAUGACGUCACUUUGCGCCUUCUCCGCCUCUGGUUUGGACCCCAAAAAUUCUUCCCGAAUUCGUACCGAGCGGACGAAACCUUCGACGCGGUGUGUCCCUCACGACUGUCCUGGACUAAAACAUCUUUGGUCUCAUGUUCGAGUUCGGAUAAACUCGGCUCGAUGCCCCCGUUGAAGCUUCUUCGGCUAGCGUAGUUUAGCUUAGCUUGCUUGGCGCUGUGACAAAGGGCUGUUUGUUAUCCACACAUUGCUCCGGUAAAAGCUAAGAGUGGAAAUGAGUGCAAAAAGUGGGCCAGAAGAGUACGACGAGGAACUUUGUGGCAUCAAAGAGGAGAACGAGCCACAACGUCCACGGCGUCGAACGCGCGAUGAUAGCGAGCAGCCUGCGGUUGUGCUCCACGGAGCAGAUGUUCGCGGACCCUCUUGUCAUCCGGGGCAGCGAGAGCCGCAGGCCUCCCACAUAAAAGAGGAAAAAAUCACCAACUUUCCGUUGACUUUCAUUAAGAGUGAAGAUGAUGGUGAUGAUGAUGAAGAAGAAGAAGGUGAUGGAGACCCCUGCGGGGGCUCACAAUCAGUCAGGCUUUUAGCGCCACUGUCAGAUGGUGAUGACAUCGCGUCACGCUCUUCUGACACUAAUGAUGACGAACACUCGAAAGGUGAUUUGGCAUGUCACACUGACGACAAACACGUGAAAUGUCCUCAGUGCGGCAAACGUUUCUUCAACAAGUCCUUGUUGAAAAGACAUUCAAGAACACACUCUGGAGAGAAACCUUUCUCCUGCUCAGUUUGCGGGAAAACCUUCUCCAUGAAGGGACAUUUAAGAAUACACACGAGAACGCACACUGGGGAGAAACCUUUUACCUGCUCAAUUUGUGGAAAACGAUUCACACAGAAGGGACAUUUAAUCGCACACACAAGAACACAUACUGGGGAAAACACAUUUGUCUGCUCAGUGUGUGGUCUGAUGUUAACUCAAAAGAUUAGUUUGAUAAAUCACAUGAGAACGCACACUGGAGAAAAACCUUUUGCCUGCUCAGUAUGCGGUCUUAAACUGAGUCAAAGGAUUCAUUUAACGACUCACAUGCGAAUACACACCGUGGAGAAACCUUUCGCCUGUUCAGUUUGUGAGAAAAGAUUCUCUGUAAAAGGGAGUUUAAUCCGACACACAAGAACACACACUGGAGAGAAACCUUACGCUUGUUUAGUUUGCGGUAAAAGAUUCUCGAUAAAGGGACAUUUAACGACGCACACCAGAAUACACACUGGAGAGAAACCUUUUGCCUGUUCAGUCUGCAGCUUUAGUUUCAGUGAUAAUUCAGCUUUGGUUCGUCACUUGAGGACACACACUGGAGAGAAAGCGUUCAGCUGCAGUGCGUGCAAUAAAAAAUUCUCCUACAAGUAUCAGAUGAGCAAACAUGAGUGUGCUGGUCAGAAGAGCAAGCAAUAAAGAAAGCUUUCAAUGAAUCGCAAAGACAUUUUGGACUCUUUUCGGUAAGUUUGAAACUAGCCCUCCCAAACACUUGCAACACAUUUAGAAUUUGAGUUCUAUUAAAACACUUUUUCAACACAA